CAAAUGCAAAGCAUAUUGUAUUCCUCGAACAAUUUUCUUUUAAACAAAGACUAAAAAUGCCACCCACCAAAUCCAAAAAGAAGGAUAUCCCAAGCCAACAACACAAACAAACCCAACUGACCAAUCGCUCUCCCAAUUGGCCUGCUCUGCGGCCAUUGGUCCCCGCUUCAGAUCUAUACAUUGAGCCCAUCCUCGACGACCAAAUCUACAUAAUCCGAAACUUUUUCACAGCCAACCUAUGCAAAUCCUUCGUCUCUUUUCUGUCUUCGUCGAUCUCAUUGACGACAACUCCGCUGAAGCCCAAAAGCAAAGAUGAGGCGGUCCGCGUGAACGAUCGGUAUCAGGUCGACGAUGCGGGGUUUGCGGAGCUGCUCUGGAGUGGCACCGCGUUGAAAGAGGUAGUUAAUGAGUUGCGAGGUAUUAAUGAAGAAGAGGACUUGAACGAGGAGGAGAUACAGGACAGGCAUGCUCGUACCUGGGGCGGGACUCCGUUGGGCCUGAAUUCGAACAUCAGAAUAUACAGGUACACGCCUGGGCAGUUUUUUGCGCAGCAUUACGACGAAUCCAACGCAGUGCAAUUCUACAAUACAGCGACAUCUAAGUCCCUGGCCGCUCACACCACCUGGACACUGCUCAUCUAUCUGACUACGACAGACGGCGGCGAGACAGUCUUCUAUCCCGAAGACGGAUCGGCACCCAUACCCGUCGACCCUGAAGUGGGCAUGGCUCUGCUGCACCGACACGGUGAGCACUGCCUGCUUCAUGAGGGGAGAGAAGUACGCAGCGGUGAGAAAUGGGUUCUUCGCAGUGAUCUGGUCGUAAGAUGACCAACUCGAACACUCUUGGAUGGGAAGUCCAUCAUAUCUUGACCUGCAAUGUUGUCAAUACAUGUACAAGAUGAAUUGUGGCGGAAUUGGGAUUGUAACUAUGUCACCAAAGUCAUGUAUCCUAAUCCACCAGAAAGUCCAUAGCCAAUCACCCGUCCUCCAGUCUCAUACUGCGCCCCACUACCAGUUCUAGUAUCCCUAGCAUGGACCUUUGUCUGACAACUUGAAAACUCC